AAACCGUCGGAUGUCCGUAGAAUCAAGAUAAUAAAGUUCGUGAAGCGUGUCAGCGUGUUACCAGCUUACCGUAUCGGUUUCGAGUGCCACUUCCGCAUAGUGUAGCACUAUGGAGGCACUACUCAACAGCCAAUGCGCGGCGCAAAGCCUGGGACCUGCCAACCAGCUUUUUGCGAUGCUAAUCCAGACGAUCAUGGCGGCACAGUGCAGCAUUUCUCCGCCGGAUAUGUGGCCGAAGGAUUAUGGACCGACAGCCCUAGCGGAAGGACUGGGUGAAUACGAUUUUAUCAUAGUCGGUGCCGGAUCCGCCGGUUCUGUAGUGGCCAAUCGUCUAUCGGAAAAUCCAGAUUGGAAGGUUUUGCUUCUGGAGGCCGGAGGUGAUCCUCCGAUCGAGUCUGAGAUCCCACUAAUGCUGAUGCAUAUGAUGAAUACUACCCAUAGUUGGAACUAUUACGCAGAAAAAAGUCCUUUGGCGAGUAAAGGGUAUAAAAACGGAAGCUAUUGGCCUCGAGGCAAGCUGCUGGGCGGAUGCAGUGCUACCAAUGCGAUGUUAUACGUGAGAGGAAACAGUCGCGACUACGACCGUUGGGAAGAACAGGGAAACCCAACCUGGGGCUGGAAGGAUGUGCUAUCUUAUUUCAAAAAAUCAGAGAAUAAUGGCGCCUAUCAUAUUCAACAAGAGAAAGGAGCUUUCCACGGUACAGAAGGUCCGCUAAAAGUAAAUUCGUUCAUGUCAAACGACAUGACUAAGCUGCUAAUUACGGAGGCAGCAGCUGAGCUCGGUCAGUUCGAGAUAAUGGAUGUGAAUAGCGAUGAAUUUAUCGGAUACUGUGUUGUCCAAGGUACUGUUCAAGAUGGCAAACGUUGCAGUACUGCGAAAGCUUUCUUAAAUCCCAUAAAAGACCGUCCGAACCUGCAUAUAAUUAAAAAUGCCCACGUUACGAGAGUAAAUUUUAAUAAAGACAAGGCCGAAGGAGUUUCCUUUGAUAUCGGUGAAAGUAAGAAUAUGGUGGCAAAAGUUAAAAAAGAAGUUGUUCUCUCUGCCGGGUCAGUAAAUACGCCACAAAUUUUACAACUCUCUGGCAUUGGACCGAAAGAGGAACUAGAGAAGCACGAAAUUCCUAUCGUGAAAAACGCUCCAUUCGUUGGUGAGAAUCUACAAGAUCAUGUAAUAGUGCCCAUAGUACUGUCUUUCCACAAAUCACGCCCAAUAACAAUAGCCUGGGACGAAUUUGUAGAUAAUGUUUACUCGUACUUUAAAUAUGGCUUAGGACCCCUUGGAUCCAUUGCAGCCACAGACCUUGUAGCAUUUGUAAACACACAAAGUUCGUCCGCUAGAUUCCCUGAUAUUCAGUAUCAUCAUUUUGUUUAUAAAGCAAAACUGCCGGACUUUGCUCAAAUCAUCCAAAAAUUCGGAAUGGAAGAUUAUAUUGUAGCACAAAUAGCGGAAGCUAACCAGAAAGCAGAAAUAUUGAACGUUUACGUCACACUUCUGAAUCCCAAAUCCAAGGGAACGAUAAAACUGCGAAGUUCCAAUCCGUAUGAUGCACCAAUAAUCAAUGCAAACUAUCUAGAAGAUCACCGUGACGUUGCUACCCUAAUUCGAGGUAUCCGAUGGUUCCGAAAAAUGCUGAAAACCCAAAACUUUAUGGAUCAUGAAGUAGAAGAAGUUCACCUUAAAAUUCCCGAGUGUGACAUGUUAGAGUUUGAAUCGGACAGUUACUGGGAGUGCUACGUGCGUUACAUGUCUACGACUAUUUAUCACCCGGUAGGUACAGCAAAGAUGGGUCCCAGCAGCGAACAGGGUGCCGUAGUAGAUUCACGGUUGAAAUUACACGGUCUCGACGGUUUACGAGUGGCCGACGCUAGUAUUAUGCCCGACAUAGUGAGCGGAAACACUAAUGCAGCAACUAUUAUGAUUGGAGAAAAGGCGGCCGAUUUCAUCAAAGAGGAUUAUAGCGAGGAGAAAGUUCAUAACGAGCUUUAGAAUAUCGGUACUUUGAGCGUGCAACAGACGAGGCUACAAGGUACACUAAAAUACUGUACUAAUCAUCAUGAAUUCAAGGCUGAUUGAUAAUGAAAACGAUGUUACCUCAUCUGUAGAAAGCUUCAAGGUAUAGUUUUCCAGCACAAUAAUUAGUUACCAUUUGCU